CCACCUCUAGUCCAAGCAGUAUUUAAAGGUGAUAUAAAUGAAGUUCAGGAAUUGUUAUUUAAUCGUGAAGAAGUUAAUUAUCAAGACUCUGAACGGCGUAGUAUAUUACAUGCUGCUGCAUUCUGUGGCCAUGCAGAAAUAAGUGAUCUCUUAUUAUUAAGUAGUGCUAGAGUUAAUACAAAAGAUAAUCAUUGGGUGACUCCUCUUCAUAGAGCUUGUUGUUCUCAAAGUGAAACUAAACUGGAAGAAAAGAAUCAUCCUGGAGCAGGAUUCAAACCUGCAACUGCCACUUACUGUGCAAAUGAAUUGCCAGUUACACUACUCAGAACUUCGGUCUGUCUCCUCUUCCAGUAUAUUUAUCAUUACGAUAUAAACAUUAUCAGUUACUAUGGUGCUGACUGGGAAAGCAUUCAGUGCCCUCAUCUU